AUGGGCAAACUAGCACAACUAGUCCUACAUCCGCUUGAGCUUCGAGCUGCAAUUCAAUUCAAAUUCUUCAAACAAUCGCUUCACCCCAGACAGCCAACAAAUGAACGUGAAACACUCAAGCACUGCUACGAGCUACUAGCAUUGACAUCCAGAUCUUUUUGUACCGUGAUUUUGGAACUUAACCCCGAGUUACGAAAUGCAAUUAUGAUUUUCUACCUUGUAUUAAGAGCCUUGGACACUGUAGAAGACGAUAUGACAAUUAAACCAGAUAUUAAAAUUCCUUUACUUCGCUCAUUUGAUGAAAAACUAAACCUCAAGUCGUGGAGUUUCGAUGGUAAUUCUCCUGAUGAAAAGGACAGACAGGUUCUUGUGGACUUUACAGACGUUCUCGAGGAAUAUCACCGAUUGAAACCUGUUUACCAGGAUGUCAUAAAAGAUAUUACCCAUAAAAUGGGUAAUGGUAUGGCUGACUAUAUUACUGACGAAGAGUUUAACUUGAAUGGCGUAGCCACAGUGAAAGACUAUGAUUUAUACUGUCACUAUGUUGCAGGAUUGGUGGGUGAAGGACUUACUCACUUGAUCGUGGAGGCUGGUUUCGGAGACCCUAAACUUGAGGACAAUAUGCAACUUAGCGAGAGCAUGGGAUUAUUUCUGCAAAAGACUAAUAUUAUCAGAGAUUAUAGAGAAGAUCUUGAUGAUGGAAGAAGUUUUUGGCCCAAAGAAAUUUGGUCCAAAUAUGCAGACAGCUUGUCCGACUUCUCCAAACGGGAAAAUUACGAAAAAGGAUUGGACUGUAUAUCGGAACUUGUGCUGAACACAAUGGACCAUAUCAAGGACGUACUCGUCUAUUUGUCAUCUGUUUACGAUUUCUCAUCUUAUAAUUUCUGUGUCAUUCCACAAGUUAUGGCCAUUGCAACCUUGGCAACAGUUUUCAGAAAUGAAAAAGUUUUUGAGACUAAUGUCAAGAUCAGAAAGGGAACAACUUGUUAUUUAAUUCUGAAAGCCAGGACAUUUGAAGGAGCCUGUGAAAUAUUUAGUUACUACUUAAGACAGAUUCAUCACUCAUGUCCAAUUACCGAUGCCAACUAUAUCAAGAUAGGAAUCAAAUGUGGCGAAUUGGAACAGUUUCUAGAAUCUUUGAAUCCAGCUCCCCACGUCCCACCUGGUGCCACCAUUCCACAGACACCUCACUUUGUCAAGGCUGAACGCAAAAGAAAGCUUGAUAGAGAGUUGGUUCCUACACUGGCUAUUGAAAGUUUGAAAUGCGAUGUUUUCCUUUCAUUAGUUGCAUUAGGAUUUUUGGGUGUUAUAUACAGUAUAUCGUCCUAG